UUAAUAUUUAAAUAAUUUCAAAAAGCCUCCAACUCUUUUUAACUCAAGCUUCAUAAGUCCCCAUUAGUGAUUGUACUGAAACUUCCCCACCAAAAAACAACCACCAUGGCCAGCGGAGAAGCCACGGCCGCUGCCGGAGACCACCAUAUUAACACCCCACUCCGGCUACUCCAUGAGGUGUCACAGAUCUCAAUUGCUGGAUUUUGUGGUAAAUUCAAGAAAGAUUGUACAGAUUUAGCAAGAAGAGUUGCACUUUUGGCUCAUUUGCUUGAUGAGUUAAAAGACUCAAAUACCCUUUUGGAUUCUUCAUCUUCUUCAUUCAAUUCUUGCUUUUCUGAUCUCUCAAUUGCUCUUCAAGCUGCAAAGCAACUACUUUUAGCAGCUAAUGAACUUGAUCCCAAGAUCUCCUCUGAUGUCGCGGUGAAGAAAAUAAAUUUUCUGUUUCAAUGUGUUACAUGGAAAUUGGAGAAAGCCCUUGGUAACUUCCCAUAUGAUCAUUUUGAUAUAUCAGAAGAAGUACAAGAGCAGGUUGAAUUGGUCAGAGCACAGUUGAGACGAGCCACAGAAAAGUAUGGUGGCCCUGUAAAUUCAAACUUAUUAUCUCGAGCAUCGUCACAACCACUGGACAAGGAGAUUGAUCUACUCCAUUCAGGGAAUAGUGGAAUUGGAACUUUACAUAUAGAAAAUAUUGGCUACAUUGAUCAUGAAGUUAGGCCAAAAGUUGGACGUGUUCCUCGAGGUAGUGUUCGAAACAGAAGUUCUUGCAGUCAGAUAGUUCAGGAGUCAGAAAGAAUAGGAAAUUCAUCCAAAUUGUCUGAGGUUGGUGAUCGGCGGAUUUCCGAGGAAGAUGACUCUCUGUUUAAGAGUCAUGAGGAGAGUAAAAAGUCCAACUGUCCUGUAACUCCUACAGAGUUUCUUUGCCCUAUAUCCCUUGAACUCAUGAGGGAUCCCGUUAUUGUGGCUGCCACAGGACAGACUUAUGAGAGAUCGUACAUCCAACAAUGGAUAGAUGGUGGCCACACAACAUGCCCAAAAACUCAGCAACAACUCCACAAUCUCACGCUUACCCCAAAUUAUGCUCUGCGAAAUCUAAUUAGCGAUUGGUGUGCAAAGAACAAUAUAGAGAAGCCAACCGUAUUUGCAAGUGGGAAAAUAAAGAAAAGUGAUGGAUCAUAUCGCUAUGUUAGUGGGGAAAUAGGAGCUAUUGAGGUAAUUGUCCGAAAGCUUUCAAGCAGGUCCGUGGAGGAUUGCAGGGCUGCAGUAGCCGAGAUCCGUUCACUUUCCAAAAGAAGCACAGACAACAGAAUUUUGAUUGCUGAAGCCGGAGCAAUUCCGGUCCUAGUUAAGUUGUUGACAUCUGAAGACAGGCAAAUCCAAGAAAAUGCUGUCACCGCCGUUCUUAACCUUUCUAUAUUCGAUGACAACAAAAGGCUUAUAAUGCUAGCUGAUGCCAUUCCUUCUAUCGUUCAAGUUCUCAGAGCGGGUAGCAUGGAGGCAAAAGAAAAUGCAGCAGCAACCAUUUUUAGUUUGUCGCUUGGAGACGAGAAUAAAAUAUUAAUAGGCGCAUCGGGAGCCAUACCAGCUCUCAUAGAUUUGCUUCUGACAGGAAAGACCAGAGGAAGAAAAGACGCUACAUCAGCGUUGUUUAAUUUGUGCAUAUAUCAAGGAAACAAGGGUCGAGCUGUUCGUGCAGGGAUUAUACCAGCACUGCUGAAAAUGCUGACGGAUUCAAGCAACUGCAUGGUUGAUGAACCUUUGACCAUUCUUUCGGUCCUAGCUAACCACCAAGAGGCUAAGGAGGCCAUAGCAAGAACUAGCACAAUCCCAGUAUUGAUAGAUCUUCUAAGGACGGGUCUAUCUCGUAGUAAAGAGAACGCGGCUUCCAUCUUACUCUCCUUGUGCAAGAGAGAUUCCGAGAAUCUUGCUUGCCUUUAUAGGCUCGGUGCAGUUAUACCUCUUACAGAGAUCGCAAAGAGUGGGACGGAGAGGGCCAAGAGGAAGGCGACUUCAUUGUUGGAGCACCUUAGAAAGUCUCAGCAACAUAGCACGCCCAGUUAGGUACUUCUCAUUAUUUGUCCCUUUCAUUCAUAUUUUACCACGAAUAUUACACGAUAUCUUUUACAGUGUGAUCGACGUAAACAAGCAUGAGAACACGGCCAUUCUCAUUGCUUUAUAUAUAUCUAAUUUACUCAGUUUUCGAGUGUGCUGUAUAAUGGUUUCUGUUUUUUUUAAAAAAAACAAACUACUCAACUACCAGCUCAUUACAUUUGUGGCGAUGAAGAUGUAUAAACUAAUGUACGAAACAGGGCAUUUUGAUAUA